AUGAUGCUUCAAAGAUCGAUAUCGCAAUGGGUGGCACUCGUUGCACUUCUGUGGGCUGGGUUGGCUCACACCCACACAGUUAUCACAUAUCCUGGCUAUAGAGGGAACAACCUCCAGACCAACAGCACUGUCGAAGAGGCAGGUGGCCUAGGAGCAGCCUAUAUCAACAACUCCAUGGUUUAUCCAUACGGCAUGGAAUGGAUUUAUCCUUGCGGUGGCAUGCCUACUUCCACCAAUCGAACCAAAUGGCCGGUCAAAGGCGGCGCUGUGGCUUUUCAACCUGGCUGGUUUCAAGGCCAUCAAACAGCGCUCAUUUACAUCAACCUGGGACUGGGGACGGUGCCACCCAACAUGAGCCAUCCGGUUGUCCCUCCCUUCCAGAUCACCGGCCCUACAAACAACCCCUAUCCUGGAACAGUUUGCCUGCCCCAGGUGCCACUGCCGCCUGGCCUUAGUUUUAACCCCGGCGACCAUGCGACCAUCCAGGUCAUUGAAACGGCCAAGCAUGGCGCUGCCUUGUACAAUUGCGUCGAUAUCGAAUUCGCCGAGCCAGAGGAAGUCGAGGAAGUGACGCGCGAUAAUUGCUUCAACUCGAGCUUUAUCGGGUUCGGUGAUGUCUUUACCACAACGUCUCUGACGUCGGCUGCAACUGCGUUUAAACCGACGAUGAUGGGCAUGCUGCCAGUGUGCAUGGUUGCAUUGUGGAGCUGGAUGAUGAUGUAG